CCGACCUCACUCAGCCUAUGUUUAAGGCGCGCAUAUCAGUCAGUCGGGUAAACGCCUCGAUGUCAUACGCGUUGUAUUGUAAAUAAAUUAAUCUAUGAAUAUGGAUAAAGUGAACGAGGACUUAGUUAAGGAAAGGGCGAAGUGCACCUUCAAUGUGGAAGAACUGACCUUCUUUCUUGAUGGCGGGAAGGACAAGACUUUGGAAAGGAAGGAGAGAGAAAGGGUGAUGCUGACGAAGAAAGAGGAGCUCUUUGGCGGCAUCCCAGAUGAAUAUCUAAGUCAUAAAGAGAAAUAUGAGAACUCGAUACGAAAGGCGGUCAUCCUGUUCAGUUUGCUCCGAAAAAUUCAGAAGGAAAAUAACACAGACCUUUUUAAUUACAGAAAUCUUCUUAGCGGUGUUCUAGGAUCUUCGAUUUCUCAGGACGGGUCGCCCUUCGGGCUUCACUAUAUAAUGUUCAUGCCAGUAUUCAUGAGCCAGGCUGAUGAGGAACAGCAAGCGAAGUGGCUGCAUCGUGCCAUGAAUUGUGGCAUCAUUGGCAGUUAUGCUCAGACGGAACUUGGUCAUGGCACGUUUAUCCGUGGCCUGGAGACGACGGCCACUUACGACACUGCUACUGAGGAGUUUGUGUUGCACAGUCCUUCGCUUACUGCUUACAAAUGGUGGCCCGGAGGAUUGGGCAACACAGCAAACUACUGCAUCGUGAUAGCCCAACUAUACUCCAAGGGUGAAUGCCAUGGAAUCCACUCCUUCAUCGUCCAGGUCCGAGACGAGGAGACUCACAUGCCACUACCAGGGAUCAAAGUUGGAGAGAUCGGGGUGAAAAUGGGACUGAACUCUGUAAACAAUGGCUUCUUAGGCUUUGAGAAAGUUAGGAUACCUAGGACUAAUAUGCUGAUGAAACAUGCUAAGGUUUUAAAGGACGGAACAUACGUGAAAUCUAAAAACUCCAAGCUCAUCUACGGUACUAUGGUGUUCGUGCGGGUCGUCAUCGUGUUCGACUCUGUCAACUACCUGGCUAAGGCUAUCACCGUUGCUACCAGAUAUUCUGCUGUUAGGAGACAAUGUCAGCAAAAAGAAAGUGAACCAGAGCGUCAGAUCUUAGACUAUGUAACUCAACAGGACAAGGUAUUGUCGUCGAUAGCCGGUUGUUAUGCCAUGAAGAUGAAUGCGUGGCGGCUGUGGGAUACAUUCAAUGUUAUAAAUGAUCAGUUGCAUAAGGGCAAUAUGGAGAGAUUGGGUGAGCUACACGCACUAGCCUGCUGUUUAAAAGCAAUCAGCACGACAGACUCGUCAAUGUUCACGGAGCGCUGCCGGCUGGCAUGCGGCGGCCACGGCUACAUGGUGUCCUCCAACUUGCCGCCCACCUACGCGCUCACCACUGCCUCCUGCACCUAUGAGGGAGACAACACUGUGCUGCUGCUGCAGACUGCCAGGUUCUUACUAAAGACUUGGAAACAAAUCGACUCAGCACCAUUGACGCCCACGGUCGCCUACUUGAAAACCGUCUCCGAUCCGGGAUUCUCUGACAAAUGGGACAACUCUGUAAAGGGCAUUAUUCGAGGCUUCCAAACAGUCGCCAUGAAGAAAAUAUCCUGGUGUGUGGAAAGUAUGACCAAUAAAAUAAUGUCUGGAAUGUCUCAAGAAGAUGCGUGGAAUACAAUUUCGAUUCAAUUAGUUUCGGCUGCUGAGUCACACUGUCGAGCGAUAGUGAUAUCGACCUUCUACGAGGACAUGACUCGUGCUAUGAAGACCAUGUCUCCGCAAUUGGCUGAAGUGAUGGGACAGCUGAUCGAGUUGUAUGCCGUCUUCUGGGCGCUGGAGAGAGUGGGCGAUUUGUUACAGUAUACGUCCAUUUCGAACACCGAUGUGGUGAACUUGAGGACUCGGUACGAGCAGCUGCUGAGGCAAAUUAGACCUAACGCCGUUGGACUUGUGGACGCUUUUGAUAUAAUCGACGAGUUACUUCAGUCCACCCUGGGAGCAUACGACGGUCGCGUGUACGAGCGUCUGAUGGAGGAAGCGCUGAAGAGUCCGCUCAACGCGGAGCCCGUCAACCAGAGCUUCCACAAGUAUCUCAAGCCAUUCAUGCAGGGGAAACUGUGAUACAACUUACCAUGACAAACAAAAAUCAACCUUGUGAUAUUCACUUAAGAGCUAUAAUUUGGUAAAUUAUUUAAUUGCAUUUAAUACUUUUUUUUGUAAGUUUUUACACAAUCUGUGAUGGGAUUUUUUGCUCAAUUUAAUGUACAAAAUGUAUUAAGUAU